UCAGCAUUCAGAACCAUUCCCUGUAACUGAACUCUCUGAAACGGCCUCCCCUGGCUUUUUAAUCCUGGAAAAACAGAAAUCUAACAGCUCCAUCCAUCCACCCCAAGUAGCAGGACCAAAAGCACCACACCCGCCUAUGUGCUUUAGAGUCAGCUGGAAUCAGAGACACCUUCAAAUAUGUCAAUACUGUGGUCUCUCUACUGGUGUUUGUUGUCGGAACAAUGGGGAAUUCAGCCUUACUGAAAAUCAUAUACGUGAACAAAAGCAUGAGAAGCGGACCUAACAUCCUCAUUGCGAGUCUUGCUUUCGGCGAUCUAAUCCACAUUGUGAUAGACAUUCCAAUCAACGCAUACAGGCUCAUGGCAGGAGAUUGGCCCUUCGGUUUAGUACUGUGCAAACUUGUCCCCUUCAUACAGAAAACCUCUGUUGGAAUUACUGUGUUAAGCUUAUGUGCUUUGAGUGUUGACAGAUACCGAGCUGUAGUAUCCUGGAAUCGAAUCAAAGGCAUCGGGGUUUCAGUGUGGACAGCGAUCGAAAUAACUCUGAUAUGGGUUAUUUCUAUCCUGCUGGCUGUGCCUGAAGUUGUCGGCUUUGAUAUGAUAACAAUGAACUAUAAAGACAAGCAUCUGAGAAUAUGUCUCCUUCAUCCCAUGCAAACUAUGCCGUUCAUGCAGUUUUAUAAAUCAGUAAAGGACUGGUGGCUCUUUGGCUUCUACUUUUGCAUGCCACUGGCUUGGACCACCGUCUUCUACGCACUCAUGACCCAGAAAAUGCUGAGAAAAACUGAGAACACUUUGAGUAACCACACCAAGCAGAGACUAGAGGUUGCAAAAACUGUCUUCUGUUUGGUGAUUGUGUUUGCACUCUGCUGGCUGCCUCUACACCUCAGCAGAAUCUUGAAAUCGACCAUAUAUGAUGAGACAGAUCCUAAUAGGUGUCAGCUACUGAGCGUCUUUCUUGUUCUUGACUAUUUUGGCAUUAAUAUGGCAUCACUCAACUCAUGCAUCAACCCUAUUGCAUUGUACAUAGUCAGCAAAAGAUUCAAGAGAUGUUUUAAGGCGUGUCUGUGCAGUCGGUGUGUACCUCUCCAAGCUGUUACCCAUGACGAGGUGCAGUCUGUUUCGAAGUCCAAGAUGCAGGAUCGAGACUCAGAGCAGAGCAGCAACAUCAAAGCUCACAAGUCGGCUUCCGCACCUCUGCCUGAGCAAAAGAACACCUUACUGUGUUAACAAAACUGGUGUGGAACUGUGAAAAUAUUUUGUGAGUUCUUCAGUCUUUCUUUAUUAAAUAUAUAUGGGGCUUUCAAAGGAAAUAUCAAAGCAGCUCUAUUAGUAGCUUGGCAACCUUGACGUGCCGUCCUAAUCAUAUAAAAUACCUUGUGAAUAACAUGCACCACUAUCUUUUGUACUGCUGUCGUCAGUUGAACAUCUGCUUUGGCAUGAGCAACCUGGAGUCAGACUGUUCAGACUAUUUGCCCCCGGGGCUUGACUCACUCCCAGCCAUUACAUCAGAUUUUACCUACUACCUAUCCUGUAUCAUGCAUCACAGUUCUCAAAUCACUGUUUUGGGCACGAUGUUAACCUGGCACCCAUCAACAGGAAUCUUGUCAUGGCUUACCGCCUGCAUAUAUAUUAUUUUUCUGAUUCUGUUUCAGGAUUCUGGAAAGACACUAUGCCGCAGGAAAUCAAACGAAUGGGAAUUAAAAAUUAUUGCGGUGGGUUUUAUGGGCUACUGUGUAUUAUUAGCACAUAAAUGUGUGGUUGUACCUCUGUUAAGUUUCCCAUACAGGGCAGCUCAGGAGUUUAUAGCGUUCCCUUCAUUCUUGAACCUUGAGAAACAUAUCAAAUUGGUGCCACAAGUAGAUUCUGUCUCCGCCACUGAAUGACUGAUUGAUGGUGGCCUAUUUUUAAUGCAUUGUUAAAUGUGUAAUGCAUGAAGACACUUUAUAAAAGACCUGAGAGUGGGGAAGAAGGAAAACGAAGAUGACAGAAUGAGGUCAGGAGGAGAGAGGGAUGGGAGGAGGGGGGUGGGGGGUAGAGAGAGAUGAGCACCUGAUAGGUCUUCCUGUCACAGGACAAGGCAAGCACAAAUAGAGCACUCUUCUUCCAGCUAAUGCUGUAUCAGUCGACAAAACUGUCUCAAUGCUGUGUGCUGGAAUGCCUAUUAAAAGUUUAUCUUGUCUAAGUAAAGAACACAACUCUCAACUGUUUGCAAAGAUUCAGUAGUUUGUUUGAAUAUAAGCGAGUGAAUACUUGAAAUGUUUGUGAUGCUAAAGACAUGACUUAAUGGUAUUUACUCAAGCUAACUAAAAUUUCCAGUAAAGUAUUGUAAAUUACUUAUAUUAUAGUGCUUUCCAUUAUUUCAAAGCACGCACAGUAUAAACACAUGCUUUUUUAAAACCUAAGUUAAUUGAAACCAUAUACUUUUGUCAAUUAAGUAAUCAGAUAAAAAUACUGUUAAGCUUUUUAAAUUUAUAUAAAAAUGGCAACUUUGUUUUAUAUCAUGACUUUUUCAAAUCGUUGCUGUAGUGCAAAGUGUUUGUUGCUCUAAUAGCUCUUGGCACAUCAAACAGAGAACACAAGGAAAUGCUGGUUCCACAUCACAUCACAUCAGACAAGCAGGCUGCCAUCUUUAUGUAGCAAAUCGAUUAUCUUUGCUUUCCUCAACAUAUAAACGCUAGAUUGAGCAAACGAAAGCGAGGAUCAGGUUUAGGUUUGUUAUUAUGACAGAUUAAGGGGCAAGAAUCCAUAUAAUCCUUUUAAAUGUUUGUGUGUAACAUAUAUCAUAGUCCUCACAACUCGUAAAUCAUCAUCAGUCAUCUUAUUUUUAAGUUGUACUGUAAAUACAAAUUUCAGUCAUCUGACUUGAAAUGUGUUUGUUUGUGAUUAGAGAUGCCAAAAAUAUGUUUCAAGAGAACAGAGGAAGUAAAAUGUGUGCUACCCUGCCCACACAGUCAUACUGCCUGCUGUGCUACAUAUUUGUGCACCUCUCUGUUCUGACAUAAGAGAAACAGUGUCUCUGUGUCUCUGAAGCUUUGACUGUUGAAUACAACAGCAUUCGGCAGGAUAUGGGAGUUUAGUAUGCUCAUUUACACUGAAACCAGUUUGUGUGGGUUUUUGAUCUAACAUGUUAGAUAAUUUUAUUUUUGUAUGUAUUUUUGAAUCAGUCCUGUUGGAUUCACUUUCUCAUAUGUUUUUAUUUCAAACUGCAUUUAUGGCUAGUUAGAUGGCUUUAAUUUUUAUUUGUACAUUUAACUGAAUUUAUGGAAAUCCAGGGUUUACAUAUUGCAACACUUCAUCAGGCGUUUCUGUCAAAUGCUAAUUUGUGUCAAAUACUGUCAAAUGCUCCAGUGUCCUUUGUUAAUGCAAAUGCCAGCAGAUAAUCAACAAAUGGUGCAGUGCUAUCAUGUCCCCAGCAGUAAAAGCUCACAACUGCCAGAUGACAUUGACACAAUCAGGCUCGGGUAUCCAGAGAAGGGUGACGUCAGUGUCAACAUCAGCGAGAGAGCGGGUGUCUGAGACCUUCUUUAGUAAUCUCUGUACACACAAGGCUCAGAUAGGGCUCCCCACGGUGCUGCCCAGACUCCCCAGACUGUGGAUUUAAUUAAACAGUGUGAAAUUAAUUAAUCAGUGGGGUGGCAGGUAAAAGGACUUCUCUCUGGAACUGCUCACACA